ACAAAGAGGUUUUCUUUGCCUUUAAUUUUUUUUUUUCUCUCAAGAAUUUAUCUGCUGCCAAAAAAGUUCCCAGAUCCAAUUACAAGUUUCUCAACUCCCAAAUUCAAAUUGAACAAACAAAAUCUGAAUACGAAAUCGACCUAUAAAACCCAAUCCGAGAGUUUAUUUUGUUGGCUUUGUUUGAUUGAUCUGUCUGUUUUUUUUUUCCUUUGAUCUGUGGUUUGUAGUUUUUGGGGAUUCCACUCCUAAGCACUCAGAUUGAUCUCUCGUUCAUUGAUCCAUCUGCUGAUUCGCUUCGACUUUUCAUCUGAGAUCCCUGAAUUUGCUAAAUUAGGGUUUUAUUUGUUUCUUCCCUUUUUAAUUCGAUUCCAUUUCCGUUAGUGUGUAUUGUUAGAUGAACGACCAAUCUAAGCUGAUGAAUCCGCCACCUCCACCGCAGAUGAUAGGCCAGCCUCCGCCGCCGCAGAGGAUGAAUCCGCCGCCGCCGUCGAAGGUAAUGAACCCGGUUCAGACUCGGCUUAUGAACCAGACUCCGCUAUUAGGCCAAUCUCAAGGCUUAAACCAUCCGAUUAUGGGCGGUAUGAACCAGCAGCAACAGGUUAUGAUGAACAACCAGCCUAUGAUGAUGAAUCCCCGGAACUUUAACCUGAACCCUAGCUUGAGCUCCGAGUAUCAGAACCAGCCUAAUAACUUUGGAUCGAAGCAUUCGAAAAUGGUCAGGAACAAUUGGAAAGGAAAGAAGAUUACAAACGACAAGAGGCCAAUGAUGGAGCCUAACAGGAGGAUGCACAACUCUGGUAUUCCGAUGUAUAACCCGCAGCAAAUACCUGGCUCUGGAGCUAUUCAGGUCGGUCCUGGUGGUGCAGGUGGUUACAAGCCACCGGCGUUGAACGAGCUGCAGUCUCAGAACAGGUUAAAAACCAGGAAGUUUUACCCGAAGAAGAAGUAUGGUAACAGAUACGUUCCUUAUGCUCCGAGGAACACGACUUCGUUUAUUAUCCGGGCAAAGAAAUCCGGUGGAAUUGCUGAGCUGGUUUCUCCAUGCCCUGUGACACCAGCGGUGCUGCCAACUCCGAUGUUUUCUCCGUCCAGAGAGGUGUUGGGUGAUAUGGCGAAGGAAGAAUGGGGAGUGGAUGGCUAUGGCUCCAUGAAAGGGCUGAUUAGGCUGCGAUCUGAUGGGCAUGAGUUGGAACCUUAUGAUGAGGAUGAUGACGACGAAGGAGGGUCGAGUGAGAGUGAUGUGGAGGAGCAUGUUGAGGUUGAGAGGAGGCUAGACCAUGAUUUGAGCCGGUUUGAGAUGAUAUAUCCGAAUUACGGUGGUUCUGAGUAUAACAAUGUUUUGGAAAACAGAGUGGAUGAUCAGGAUAGCCAUAUUGCUCAACUGGAGGAAGAGAACUUAACCUUGAAGGAAAGGCUGUUCUUGAUGGAGAGGGAGUUAGGUGACUUGAGGAGAAGGUUACAGUAUCUCGAGAGGCGGAAUAUGGUUGCUGAAGAUGCUAAUGAGGAGGUUGUGGAGAAUGAGUCUGAAAGUGAUGGCGAUGAUACAGGGGGAUCCGAUGCACGUACUAGUGGUGACACGAAGGAGAACCAUGUAGCUGCAGAAGACAUUUGUAUGCAGGAUGUUGGAGGGAAGGAUGAAACUAAAGAAGUCAACGAGAACAAGAGCAACGUGGAUGAAGCUAAAGAGAACAAAGAUACAGUUGGUGUGGGAAGUUCUGGGGAACAUAGACCUGAAGGUAAGGAAAAAGCUGAAGAGGAUUGUAGGGAAGUUUCAGGUGAACAAUGCGAGGAAGCCAGUCAGAGUAAGGAAGAUGAAAUGGCAAUUGAGAAGCUUGAAGAUGCAUCGGAGAAUGAUUUGGCUAGGGAACAAGGAACAGCCAUAUGAUAUACUUGGACAAAGGAGGGAAGCGGAUUCAAAAGCACGGGAACCCAUGAUCAUUACCGGUGAUGGGAGAAGUGGUGAUGCAAAGUUGAUGCAUUACCAUUUUCCCUUUUAAUAAUUUGCAGAGAGCUGAGCUUGAAGAGAACCUCUGAGUUGCUUCCGGCCGAAUUGCAGGCAGAAUGACUGUUGUCCAUAGAACUAUGAUCAAGAUUUGUUUUACUUUUUUCCUCUCUCUUGUCUCUCUUAUUGGGUUUGUGUCUGAGAAAACAGUGACGCCAACCAAGUUGGGCCCAUAUGGGUCCGUGUGAUAAGCUAUUUUUUUUUUGUCGACGUGAUAAGCUAUUUAAUGUCCAUAAUACCAACCGAACACCUAUUUUUGCUAUAGAAGAGACCUUUUGACU